GCUCAGUGCCAUGGAAUCCUGGAACUCCUGCCGACAACCUCUUCCCCCCCCCCCUGCGGACUACAUUUCCCAGAAGGCCGGGCGGCUGUGACGUCGUGCUUCGCCGCGUGCCCUGCGAUUGGCAGUUGCCUUCCUUGGCCGACGGACCCGCAGGCCCGGCAUCAAAGAACUGAAUGGAUAUUGAAGCUGCCCGUGGGCCCUGACGGGAUGGUUGGCUAUGACCCAGACUCCAAGUGCUCAUCCCUUUCUACGGGGGAAAUCGCGUCAGCUGGAUCAGCAUCUGGGUUGGUCACUCGGGCACUGAUCAGCCCCUUUGAUGUCCUGAAGAUCCGUUUUCAGCUUCAGAUAGAGCAACUGUCAUCCAGAAAUCCACAGGCCAAGUAUUAUGGUAUUUGGCAGGCAUUUUGGACGAUUCAUCAAGAGGAAGGACCAAGAGCUUUCUGGAAGGGCCACGUCCCUGCUCAGCUCCUCUCAAUAACCUAUGGGGCUGUCCAAUUUGUAAGCUUUGAACUUCUGACAAAGUUGGUGCACCAUGCCACAUCUUAUGAUGCCCGUGACUUUGCUGUGCACUUUGUUUGUGGUGGGAUGUCUGCUUGUGCUGCCACUGUGACAGUUCAGCCUCUAGACACGCUGCGCACCCGCCUUGCUGCCCAGGGGGAGCCAAAGAUUUACAAGAAUCUCCGCCAUGCUGUGGUAAGCAUGUAUCAGAGAGAAGGGCUGCGGAAUUUUUAUAGGGGGCUCAGUCCUACCAUCAUUGCUGUUGUCCCCUAUGCUGGCUUCCAGUUUUCUUUUUAUAGUCUUUUGAAGAAGCUAUAUAACUGGAUUGUCCCAAGUGAAGAAAUGAAAAAAGGAAAUAUUAAAAACUUUGUGUGUGGCAGCUGUGCUGGAGUCCUCAGCAAAACCCUCACUUAUCCUUUUGACCUGUUCAAGAAACGGCUGCAGGUGGGCGGCUUUGAACAAGCUCGUGCAUCCUUUGGGCAGGUGCGGACUUACGCAGGUUUGUUGGACUGCGCCCAACAGAUUGCACGGGAUGAAGGCCUCCGGGGAUUUUUCAAGGGCCUCUCCCCAAGCCUGCUGAAAGCUGCUUUUUCGACAGGCUUCACUUUCUUUUGGUAUGAGCUCUUCUGUGGCCUCCUUAGCACCCUGAAGGAUUCAGGUGCCUCAAAGUUGCCAAAAGGCUGAUGCCCACAAGAGUCUCUGUCAGCAGUGCUUCUUGCUGAAAUGUUCUAUCAGCCUUGCCAUUGUAUGCGGAGGGAGUGCGGAAAGGGUUGCAGUGUUGCUUUUGUCUUUUUUGUCAAAGCACCAAAUGCAUAUUACUUAUCCAUUUGGUGCAUACAGAAGGAGGUUGCUACAUUGUGGGCCUGUCUUCCUGCCAACAACUGCUGCCCUGUUCACUUCCUCUACUUUCUGCUGUGAAACAAGCCUGGAUUCCUGGAAGAGUUCUACAAAUAUCAAACUGAGCAAGUUUUCUCAAAUGAUGGGGAAACUUCUUGCCCUGUUAGUCUCUUUUCACCAGUCCCCUUACUGGAACUAUUUUAACUUCCCCCUCUUAAAGACACUGCCCCCCAGUUGACUAUUGCUCUCAACUUAGUUCCUGGCCAAGCUUCUCCAAUACUGACAAUAAGUCAGGAGUGCACAUUUCUUUGCUGGAAGUAUUAUCUUAAUCGCGUGGUGCAUUCAGUUCAGGCAGUGAAAGCGUAGUGCCUCAAACUGGACUGUGUCGGGUUUUGUCCCUUGUUUUUAUGUCCAUGGUCUUAAAAGGCAUUGUGACACCCUAGUGUUUCUCCAAUGGUAGAGACCACCGUAUAAAUACAUAGACUAAAUAGCAUGCUACCAAAGGAAGGAAAGCCUAAAGAUGCUUUCUUCAGGUGCAUCCAGCUAUGAAUAGUGGGAGUGGCACUGCAUCCACUGCCCAUUUGUCUUCUGUGCCAACAGUCCCACUGCUGUUUGUAUUUUACUCGCACACCUGGACCCACUCAUGUCUGCAUUGUUACGGCCUGUCAAAUGGCAGGUGCUAUUGCUGUAGUUAUGCAGCAGACCAAGAAACAAGGUGUUUUGCAUUUUUACAACACUGCACUUUUAUUUUAAUGCACAAUUGAUUAAUCAAUCUUGUAGAAAGUGGCUUUUUGAACAUGUUGGUUCUUCUUUUGUUCAGUAAUGCAGAAAAGGCCUUCCAAUGCUAAUUUACAUGAACUGUAAUUUUCUCACUCUGUGUCUCUUUGAUCAAUAUUUGUAUAUUAAUUACUAUACAUUUACAACCUCUGGGAUACAUUUUAUUCCAGAACGGUUCCAGUGCAGAUAAAAGAGAUACUUUAUUUGGAGCAAACAUUGUGGAGACAACUAAUAUGGUACAUUUCCCUGCUGUUCUUAUGUAUAAAGCACCAUGCAAGUACAGUCAGCCAUCCAUACUGUAUUUGCUGGGGCCAGGGGCACAGGACCUUCCUUAUUUGUGGAAAACCACAAAUAACAAACACCCUAAGAUAAUACUUCUGUAUGAAUCUAGUUCUUCCAUUGAAAUUUUGGUCAACAUCUGCUGGAAGUUGACCAUAAAAUUCCACUGCAGGAUCUAGACAUGCCCGAGAGACUAUAUUACUCAAAUCCAUUAAUAAUCAAAUCUGCAAAAGUCAAAGCUGCAAAUGUGAGGGCUGACUGUAGAAUCAGCCUGAAAAUAUUCUGGUCAACUCCUAUUGCAUUUUUGGAAUGGGAUAGAGGAAUUAUUUGGAUAUACAGGGUUUUUGUUUACAUAUGGAAAGGCUGUGUUCUAAUAAACUGGAUAUCUUUCAGGACUUCACCACAUCAGCCUUUUGUCUCUCAGCAAUCAUGUUGUAGAAGCAAAGAGGGACAACAUACCUGUUCAAAAACAAUCACUGAUGAUUGUGUUAUUAUGCCCCUGCCCUUUGCUUCUCAUCUCCUGGUCUUCUUCUUUCCUGUCUUACCUUAUCUUUGUCCCUUGCUCUUUCUGUAGGCUUUGCAAAAUGGAUUUUUACGCCUGAAAAAAUAUUUUUUAUCAUAGGAGCAGAUGUGGGUUCCUUUCUUUUUCUCUCUUUAUUUAAAUAUUCCUUACUUUGUUGGAGACAACAGUUCUGCAGGGGAGGAGAGUGGUGACCAGCCCAAAGGGAAAUGUGUGUCGGAUUAAAGGGGGAUAUUUCCUGGGGCAGGGAAGGAGAGAAAUCAAAGCUAACUUUACUCAGCCUCUCUCUCCCUUCCCUGGGGCUCACCAACCUCAGUCUGCUUAGGAAGAGUGUAGGGAGAGAAUCAAGCCCUCUCAAACAGCAAAACGGAACAAUCAAUAGGUUGUUCUCAUCAGUGAAAUAAUGCACUCCAUUAAUUAUUUAAAUGCAAAGUAACAAUGGGAGAGGCACACUGUCAUAUCCUAAGCACCAGCUCAGAUGCUAUUAUCUUGCUGCGAUUGCGUUUUACUAGCCUUGUGAUAAAGUCCUCAGCCUUCCCCUCCCUCCAUUGCCUACGCCUUCUGUCAUAUAGAUUCAAAUUAAUCUUGUGCCUUAUAUUAAUUGCAUAUCCAGAUACAUAUUGUUCAGCAGCACUUUAUGCCUAAUAUAUUCAGUGUCACCUUUUGAUUUCUUGCAGAGGAAGUAACUUAUACUUCUAGGACCAUGUCUGUCACAGUACUUGUUGGGAACACUUGAUGUGUAGGGGAGAAAAACAUUUCAGGGUUAAUGAUUGUGGUGACUUUUAUUUUUUGACUCUCGUUGUUUUAUUAGAGCCUAAUCCAUUAUGGCUUUUCUAUAUUUCCAUAUGAAGAGUUAUUUUUCAAGGGAAGGACCUAUAAGGAUUUGGGCCAGCCUAUAUGAAACAUAUGUUUCUGUUUGAAAAAUAAAUAAAUGUAUUUAACAUGAA